AUCAAUGGUAAAACAGGAGUACUGCUGAUUAUUUUUAUUUUGAAAUGUCAAGCCUUGCAGCUUCUGGUUUAAUUGGUCAAACUUCUGGUCUUAUAACAUCCCAAGUCGUGAGAAACAAUCUUGAAAACGCAAAUGAAACUGUUAUCCAAAAGACUCACAAAAGAUCUUUAGAAUACGAAUCUGAAACCGAAUCAGACACUACUACGGACGAUGAAGAUGACACAAGUGAUGAUGAUAAACGACUUGCUAAUAACCCAGUACUCAAAGAGCGAUUAAAGCAACUCGAUCGAUAUGCUACCCCAAUUAAACAUCAUACCCACUCCCCAGUUCAAAUAAAUGAUCAACACACCGUCUCUGGUUUAUACGCCGCAAGCAUAUCUGUUUCUGACACCACACCUCAUAGUGGUCCUGUUUCUAUCCAUGGAAAACCCAAUGAAUCUUCUGAAGUGAUGGAUAGUAGUUCAACUCCUCCUGAUUAUCGUUCUAAUCAGCUAUCUGUGGCCGAAUCACCAACUUCGUGCAGCGGUCCUGCUUCUCUUAAUAGAUCUAUCACUCCCAAACAUAAUCUUUCUCCACCAUAUAACGUUUUGGGUACUAAUACCAGUAUUCCUGGACGUCAACACGAAUCAAAUAUAUCCGACACUUAUUUCGACCCUUCAAGUACUAUGCCUUGUAAGUCCGAUGAAUUACCAGCUGGAUACAAAUAUGGUUCAUCUUUCAAUUCAUCUGAUAUGAUGCACUCAAAUGAUAUGUGUGUUGAGGAAAUUGAAGGCAGCCAAGACUGCGUUUGUAAAGUUUGUAAUAUUGCGUAUCCCAACCCAUCUUCUCUACGAAGUCACAUGAAAAAACAUGUAAACCAUAGCACAAAGCGCCAUCAAUGUGAUCACUGUCCGUAUUCCACACAAUAUGGGAAAAACCUAUUCAAACAUAUAGAAUCAAUGCACACUAUUGCUAAUUCUCAAGAAUUACGCUGUGAAGGUUGUUCUCAAUGGUUUUCAAAUGAGUCCCUUUUACGUAAUCAUGAUUGUAUCAUGGCUCAGUGCAAUACUUAUCGAUGUAAUGAAUGCGGCAGGGUAUUCAAGACGAAGUUGCGUCUAAAAUAUCAUGCGGAUGUACACAAUCCAAGAAAACCCUACGUGUGUGACAUUGAAGGUUGUGAUCGAGCUUUUCGUACCCCAAAGUAUCUCAAAAAUCACCGGGAUGAGUUUCACAGGAUGCAUCCCAAAAACUACUCGUGUCCAGUAGAACAAUGUGAUCUAGUUUUUCACCGAAAAACCCACCUAAAGCGUCAUAUUGCCACACAUGAUGAUUCUGAAAAGAAAUAUCAGUGUCAGUGGCCCAAUUGCCAGCGUCGAUUUUGCAGUGAAGAAACACUGAACCUUCAUCAUCGUAAACACACUGGUGAAAAACCUUUUAGUUGUGCUCUCUGUUUAUAUAAUUGUUACGAUAGACCUAGUUUAAAUGAACACUAUCAGAUAAAUCAUACAAAGGAUGGAAAUAUUGAUUAUGAUAUUCAUCACCGAAUGCCUUCAUCCUGUUCAUCACAACAUCCUCCGGAGACACUGGCAUACAGAGUACCCUUCACUGAUAAGGAUUUAGUAGCACGUACAUCUACGCCAGUUCCAAUUUUGCGUCAUCGAAUGGCUGAUAUCUUGGAUUCGUGUACUCCCCAGGUUCCUGGACCUCUUGACGCAGAGAUCAAUGGGAUUUUGGAUAGCCUUGACAAGGAAUCGGAUCUACCAGACUUAUUUGGUAGUGGAGGGUUUGAGGCGGAUCGUUCGUCCACGGAAAAAAAGUUUAUUGAUAACCCAAACCAGAAUUUUAACGGUCCGAUUUCCUCCUGUCGUCAGAAUAAUCAGACGUCAUAUUUAACAACGUUGCCUCACUUAUCUUCGCGUAAUUCCAUCAUAACAGAAUCUGAAACUAGUGAGUCUAGUUUGAAUUCAGUUCUGCUUAAUAUUCUUUCAGAACUUCAGCGUGCAGAGUUAUCUGGUUCUACAGAGGAGUUCGAAAAAGCGAAGUCACAUGUUUUAUCUGUACUUCCGGUAUUUACGAUGGGAGAAAAGCUAACUACACAGAUCAGUGAAAUUGUUGAUGAAGUGAAUGAUGCUCUUGUAACCCAACCACUGCAUGUUAUACGAGCUGCUUUUCAUACAACUCGCCCUUUCACUCGUGAAGAAUCUUACAUGAUUGGCUUACUGGAGCAACAAAUAUCAUCUGACUCCUCUCUAGUAGCCCCGAAUCCUCCAAGAAGACGUGGUAGACGUCCGAAACUUCAGCAGCAAUUACAACCUUAUCUUCAACGCAUAUUUUGCUUAGAACCUGGAGCAGCAGAAUCUAUGGCAUCACAGUUAAUAAAAGCCUCACAGAAGAGUAAGCAAACCAAUUAUUAUGGUUAUUAUAGAAGCGCCGGAUUUGGAAGAGGUCGAAUUUCUCAUGGUCGUGGAAGAUCUGGCAAACAUUUCCAGUUAAGUAUGAAAGUUCCACAUGAUGAAUCCGUUCCGAGAGCUGGCCAUUUUAAUAAUUCUCAGUAUCAUCCUUUGGGAAUGAGUACCUUCACUGAUGGUACUGCAAGAAAACAUCAAAGUAGUGGAGGAUAUCACAUAGAACGCAUAUCUGAUAAUAUCCAUAAUAACGUCUCCAAUGAAGUUAGUUCACAAAGAAAUCGUAUGGAGCAAUACAGUAAUCACUUCGAACUAACUGAUAAUUUAAAACGCUCGAAUGCCUUUCAUGCUGUUCAUUCACAACUACAUUCAGAAGACUAUAAUUAUCCAAUUAAGAAGUUUCAUUGUGCAAAAGAAACAAAUCUUUCAAAAGUGGGUACAAAGUCCCGCAAUUCCGACAGUGACUUCAAUGAUGGUGAAAAUGGUGAUAUUUUAACUCGUAGAUAUAUUCAUACUCAAGAUAGAUCUCUAUCUGCUCAUAAAGACAAUAGAGUAAGGGAUUAUAUGAUGAGAGAAUUCAAUUUUGAAGGUGAACAAAAUACUAGAUGCAACAAUCCACAUGGCGAAAAGGAGUUUUUGAAUCAAGAAACACUCGGUGAAAUGCUAGAAGACUUAGGCGUUAUAGUACAACGAAUCGGAGAAAGAGCUGUGGCGAGAAAACAGCAGAACCACUUAGAUGGUCAACCACUUAAUCUGUCAGAUUUUGCACACGGCGAACAGUUUCCUGGUUCUACCAACCCUCAUCUUAUUCAUAGCAAAAAUAAAAAUAAUUCACACUCCAUCCAGCUACCAUCAAUGGCAACCCUAGCCUCUGGUAGUGUGGGUACUCCUCCAAGUGUUGAAGAAAGUACUCCAGGUUGUGCUUCAAACGCCGAGCCUCAGGUUUUAUCUCCUCAUAUGUCUACAGCAUCUUUACACGCUCCAUCGUCUCUAAAGUCAUCUCAUCCAUACAAUCAAUCCAGCACACCAAUGUCAGAUACUGACAAUUUAAUUUCAGGUAAACCGUCUACCAAUACUUUAAACACUUCUCACAAGACAGAGAAGAUGACAUACAAUUCAGCUAGUAAUAAUUACCACCGAGUUGCACCAAUGUGGUCUUGUGAGUCUAUGUGUUGUCCACGAACUCGAGAUAAUGAACUCAAUAAAGUAGGAGAAUGUUGCCCUAAUAACGAUUAUUCCUCUCAAGUUGGUCAAACGAGAAUUCCUCAGUCUACAGAAGAUUACUCAAAGGAACGGAAUGGGGACACAAAUCAGUGUUUCUAUCCAAAAGAUUUAAGUACUAGAGUAUUAUCUUUUGAAGCUGGUUCCGACUCUGCUCAUCACUCGUCAGGUUCACCAAAAGCCUUUACAAAACCUGAUCCCAGUGACCCUGAGCUUUCUAGUUUGAGAUAUGAAGCAUUAGUAAAUCGCCCUGUUCAUUUAUCUUCCAAAGCAUCAACAAUGGGUUCUCUGAUAUCAGCAGCUGAGGCAGUUGAUCAUUUGCGCUCUUUAUCUGCUUUAGGAGCAAAGUAUACGGCAUCUAUUGGUGUGCCAAAGGAGAUUCAUUAUCAACCUUAUCAGCAUUUAUGUCCUGGAGAUUAUUCUUAUAAUCAUGCCCGUGUCCAUUCAGAUGGGUUACCAAAAAAUAAUUCCUCUGAACAUCCUGAAUCUGCGAAUUCAUAUAUGUCAUAUAAUUCUGCUCUGAUUCCAACUCAAAAUGCAUUUAACGCCAAUUUGCCAUCACUGAAUAAUCUUCUCUAUUGUGGUCGUAAACCAAAUGAAUAUCUUAAUUCUUUAUCUGGAUCAACUGGUAAUCAAUCCAAUAAUGAUAAUUCCGUUAAUACCGGUUCGAUUUCUGCAACUAAUACCAACAGUAAUGCUCAAAAUGAUAUCGAAUCCUUAUCAGUCAUAAGAUCUCCUGGUUUUGGGAAUUACAUUAAUUCAAGCGCAUUUGGUAAUUUGAAUAAUUAUUCAUCUGCUGCUGCUGCCGCUGCCGCUUAUCACCAAUUAUCACGUUGCAAUAAUAAUAAUAAUAAUAAUAAUAAUAAUAAUAAUAAUAAUAAUAAUAGUAAUAUUAAUAAUAAUAAUAACAGUAAUGCAGAAAAUCAACUUGAAUUAAUAGAACGUCAUAAUUAUACAAAUAAUUCAACUUCAUCAUCAUCAUCAUCAUUAACUCAUCCAUUUAUCACAUCCUGUGCAUCACCAUCUAUUUCACUGGGAUCUAGUGUACAAGAACUUUAUCAGCAUCAACAUCAUCAUAAUCCUAGUCAUCAUCAUCAACAACAACAACAACAGUCAAUUAUUAGACCACCAGUUCAAGAAUUAACAACACGUCGACUUUUAUCUGAAGCAGCAGCAACAGCCUAUGCACAUGGUCUAGGUCGAUGUGAUAAUCAAACUUUUGGUGGAUUACCUGUAUCAUCUAUGCUUCAAGAUGCUCAUUCAGAAAAUUUACGUACAAAUCAAUUCACUUCAACUGGAUCAUCAUGCGCGCAAAAUCAAUCUCAUCAUCAGCAUCAUUUAACUGGAAAUAAUCAAUAUCAUACACAGUUAUCAUUACCGUCCAAUAAUCGAUUAUUCAAUGAAUACAUGUUUUCCAAUAAUAAUAAUAAUAGUAAUAAUUCAACUAGUGAAUAUUCAACUACAACUUAUGCCGAACAUAAUCCCGGUGUUACAAGUAUACUGGAUAGCAGCAGUAAUUAUCCAUUUUAUUCAUCUCAUCAUUUACGUCAAACAACUAAUGUUAUGCAUAAUGCUUUAACUAAAUCCAUAGAACAAUCUCAAUCAAAUACAACUAGUCAAUUAGUUCAUUCUAUUAAUGAAGUGUCUAAUUUAACAGCAGCUGAAGCUGCAGCCGCUGCUGCUUAUGCAUAUCAUCAAUAUCAACAACAAGCUAUAAAUCGUCAAAAUUCAAUUAUUCCACCUCAACCACAACCACCAAGUGCACAUACAAAUUAUCAAAAUUUAUUUAAUCCAAUUAAUCGUUCACAUUAUCACUCGGAACAAUUAAAUAAUGAACAAAGAAAAGAUUUCAAUUUAUUCAAUCAUACUGCACAUACAGAAAGACAUGAUCCAAAAACUGCUUAUUUAGCUGAAACUUAUCGAAAUGCUCAAAUGACACCAGGAAGAUUUUUAUUAUGA